AUGUGCGGCACUCACAAUUAUGCCUCCCUGCGCUCCCAAACAAAAAGACCAAGGUUUGGCAGGUGGCAGAUCUCAUUCCACGAAACCCCCUGCUUCAAAGGCCAACGAAAGCUCAAAGAAAAACAAAAAGCCAGAGCCAAAUCUCUCCAAAAAGUCCUCAAAUGCAUCUUGAUAUCGACCAACAAAUCCCGCGAUGAUGUGCAAGCGAUGAACCUCGCACAGGCAGAAGCGCGGCUGAGGGCAGCAGCUGGCAAAAGAAGUGUCCAGGAUUCUGUCCCUGCUUUGCCUGACAACAUGGACGACGUUGUCACUACGAUAUGUGCCACAGAGCCUGAUGCUCCAGUUCCACCAUCCAACUCCCUCUCCUCAGCCACUGUGGAAGGCAUGAAUGACGAAGACGAAGAUGACCCUGGUCGCCCACAUCUGCCACCAUGCAUUGAAUUGAUAUCCCUCAGCCACUUUGAUGACAUCAAGAUCACUGCCUUGAAUGGCGCACUCAAAGGCAAUACUCGUUAUCGAUUUGCCUUUACAGAAGGGGAGGUCUUAGCAGUGCCCCCCCUAUUCCUGCAGGAAUCCGGUCAUUCCGGUGGAAUUCCGGUGGAUUCCGCCACUGCGGAAGGCAUGAAUGACGAAGACGAAGACGACCCUGGUCGCCCACAUCUGCCACCACGCAUCGAAUUGAUAUCCCUCGGCCACUUUGACGACAUCAAGAUCGCUGCCUUGAAUGGCGCACUCAAAGGCAAUACUCGUUACCGAUUCGCCUUUACAGAAGGGGGUUAUCGCAGCUACCACGGACGUCGCCCCAAGAGAGGGGGCCGCUCUGCAGCGGACAAUCGGACGACCAUGUUGGACGAAGAAACAGGAUUUUGGGUCCCAAUCCCAGCGAAUUACACGGCCCCUCACACGCCAGAAGAUCUCAUUGAGGCAGAGAACGACAUACGCAUUCAGGAUCGUCGUUGCAUCGCAUAUGUCCACCCAGAGACUCGCAAAGCCUUCAAGGAACUCAAUGCCUCUCGUGAGCCCGGCGAUCCGGAGAUCCACCCUCUCCACGUUUAUGAUAUUUCAGAGGGGGAAGAGGCGGCGUUGGUGGCAGGCCUCGAGGGGGAAGAGGCGGCCUACAAGUUCCGAAAGCCCUGGGAGGAGGGCCACAGCCGCUACCAAGGCUCCUUACCUCAAGAAGGUGCCCAAAAUGCUGCAGAUAGGCGUACGGAAAUGUGGGACAACGAAACACAGCACUAG